UCACAAAAACAAGAAUGGCUUCUCUUGACAGGGUAAAAGUACUAGUCUUAGGAGAUUCCGGGGUGGGCAAGUCUUCCUUGGUCCAUCUGCUGUGCCAGAAUCAGGUGUUAGGAAAUCCAUCAUGGACUGUUGGUUGCUCUGUGGAUGUUCGGGUCCAGGACUAUAAGGAGGGAACCCCGGAAGAGAAAACCUACUACAUUGAACUCUGGGAUGUCGGAGGAUCUCUUGGCAGUGCCAGCAGUAUCAAAAGCACCAGAGCUGUCUUUUACAAUUCAGUUAAUGGAAUUAUGUUGGUACACGAUUUAACAAAUAAGAAAUCGUCUCAGAAUCUCUACCGCUGGUCACUAGAAGCUUUAAACAAGGAUUCUUCUCCAACAGGAGUUAUCGUCUCAAAUGGUGACUACGACAGAGAGCAGUUUGCUGAGAACUCGGUGCCUUUGCUGCUGAUUGGCACCAAGUUUGACCAGAUCGCAGAGACCAAACGCAAUGAAGUUCUCACACGGACGGCCUUCCUGUCUGAAGACUUCAAUGCAGAGGAGAUCAAUCUCGACUGCACCAACCCGAGAUACCUCGCUGCAGGCACAUCCAAUGCAGUGAAGCUUAGCAGGUUCUUUGACAAGGUAAUAGAGAAGAGAUAUUUCACAAGAGACCCGACUCAGAUGGCGGGUUUCACAGACAGAAAACGGUUCAACUUCAAAAGUUUGCACUAUGACUGACAAUAGCUGUGGUGUGGUUUGGAGGCAAUGCCUCUGGGCUCUAACAUCACAAGUAAACCAUCACACUGAUGUACUUCCCUCCACCCCCGCUAAUCUCACCUUUGUCAUCUGUUGGGAUGUUUGUUAAUGAAUUAUAAUAAUUUGAUUAGAUUAAAUAUAAUGAGUAACUAAUAGAAUGAUGAAGAUACAUAUGUACAUAGUUGACAACUUUGCAAAAGGGAGCUAAGCACAAAAAUGAAGAAACAAGCUUUAUAGUAAGAUGAUUUAUUUUAAAAGGUAAGAGGCACAUGCUAUAUAUAUGAACAGUGAAAAUUUGUGUUAAAUCACCAAGUUUUUAAUUCCAAUUCAUUUGUCAUUUGUCAUUUUUUUCACAUGCAAAACAUUUGCUUCAUGAAUUCUUUUUCAAAACCAAGACCAUUGAUUCACUAAAUGUUUGCCAUGUUGUUCAAUAAGCAAGUGAGGAAAGGACAAUAACCGUGGCCUCAGAGCCGUGGCUCAUGCAACAUUCCCCAAUCACUUCAUCACUUUCUUAAUCCACGGGAGAAAGAAAUUGACUUUAGUGAAGACGUGGGGAUAUUUGGGAUUAUUGCAAUCAUCUUUCAGGGUAAAAGCCGUUAUACCCUGAGGCUUACUGUUGCAGAUAAGUGGUCCCCCGGAAUCCCCCUAAGAAAAAGACAACAGACAGAGUUGAUUGAAAAAAACGAUUGCACUUCUUUUUGAUUAAUAAAAUAAAACAUUUUUCUCCAUGUUUUCAGCAUUAUUGAUGUAUUUUGAUGUGUAUAAUGGUCGGUUACUUAUUUGCUGCCCUGCUUUAAAUACUGUUAGAUUACCUGGCAAACCCCUCCCAUCUUUUUGUCCAAUUUGGUGCAGAUCAUUUGCUCAGAAUUGAAGAAUUGUUGCCAUAUACUUUUGCACUCAGAGCUGAAUUGUAUUUUCUCCUUGGCCUCCCUCAGUACAUUUGAGGACGGCUCAUUGGCACCGGUUCUGCCCCAGCCGGCAACGGCGCAGUUGAUGUUGGCUGGGAUUUUCCCGUCUUUCUUAGGCAGUCCGAUGGCCUUCACAUACCUCGUCAGACUGGCAUUGUUUUUUAGCUGUGAAAGAGAACAUUUCAUGAAAACCAUUUAUCCAUCUGUCAGACAUUCUGAUGUGUGUUCAUGUCAUGAAGCAUGUUGAGCAGUUCACCACCCACAUCCUUCAGUGCAAAUGUGUGAAACCCCCAUGUGCAGCAUAAACGCCGUACAAGACGUGGCAAAAAAAUGAAACUGAGAUGAUGAGGUCAACUACAGUGCACAAAAUACAUUGUAGAGGCUUUCUUUUACACACACAAGUUUUGAUAUGAUCUUUUACAGUUUUAGUUUACCUUAAGCAACAUGAUAUCAUUAUCGUAUUGUCCAGUGAAUUUCGGAUGUUUAUGGUACUCGGCCACUUUGAUCCAUUGCUGACUUUUCUCUUUCUUGCUUAUGUCAUGUGCUCCAAGUACCACCGUCAUUAUGCGAGGUCUGACAAACAAGUGCACAAUUAAUGUCAAAAUAUUUAGUUAUACUUAACAAUGAUGCAUUCAUACAACAUUAAACUUUUUCAAAUAAAAACCAUUAAAAGUAAUAACCAACAUAUCUUUGUAAAUAACAAGUAUGCAGCGAUGGGAAUAAAACACUUUAAAUGCUAAUAAUUAGUACCCAUGAACUUGUUAAUUGAUUGUGACAUUUUUUUCAUAUGAAACUCACUGUUUGCAGUGUGCUGCCGUUAAAACAAAGUCCUCCCGAAUGAGCAUUCCACCGCAUGAAUGUUGGCCCUCAAACUGGAGUGAUGCCAUGUAGGGCCUGGAAUGAGGCUUUGCGACCUUCCCACCCACUAUGCCACUCUCAGAGGCCCCUUACAUGGAGAGAGAAGGUAAAUUAAUACACAGAUUACAAAACACAAACAAACAAAUCAUUGUUUUUUAUUAUUACACAAAGAAAGAAGCUAAAUUAAAGACUUUGUUUUAACUUUACAAACAAUAGAAAGGCUUCUUAAAGAUCAUCUAUGAUCCCUAAAAACGGCUGUUAUUAUAUAGUCAUGUCUCCACCGGCAAUAAAGAAAUUUAGUCUCAUCUUACCCGUGAGGGAGAGCAGCUGCAAGACAAUGAUAAUGCAGUACAUGUGCAUCAUGGUUGUUGUGCAGAAGUAGAAGAUGAACAGUGUGGCUGAAGUGCUCCCCUUGCCAUCAUUUGUAGUCAAUGUUCUAACUCCCACUACGGAAACGUGGGCAGGUGUCACUGUUGCACAGAAGAAAUGAGAUCACACCUUUUUUUCUUUUGACUGCAGCAUGAGACCACUUAAUAAAACUAGAUAAAACUGCCAACUUGUCGCUCAUACAUUGUUGUUAAUUCAUCAACAAUUUAAAUGUGAAGCGCUUUACUGAAUUCAACUCUGUAUGUGUCCUUGUGCCUUGACAAAAGAAUAAUGAAUAACAAAAAAAAAGACAUAGAAAGUUUUAAUAAACAAAGUUAUGACCAGGAGUUUAGGUCCUGUGUGCUGGUACCGUCUAUAUUUCCUGCCCCAAAAAUCUGAAAGGUCCAUAUUUACUGUGCGCUAUCACAAAUGUGCUCCCUUCUUAUUUCAUCAUAGGCUACAUUUCCUCUAAAGGAAGAGAGUUAAGGUAGAUGCUAAAUGGCCGAGUGGAAACUGUGUAUUAAGGCUACAGUAAACCACAAUGUGCACAAAGGUAGUCACACCUCACACACUGAACUUCACACAGACAUAAUGAUCUAUAUUUCUAUCGCUUAUGUAUUUUCUCGGCCAAAAUUAAUUUUAAUCAUGUUUUAAAAACAGACAUACAUGUCAAAAUGUGUGAGUAAAGCUCACUGAUUUUAAAUUCCGUGUUAAGAGAGGCUAUAAACAAUAAUAAUAAUGUUUUGGAGCACUUUACUGAUCCUGAUAAGCCAAGCACUUGUCUGCUGGAGGUGUUUUCGCAGGACUACGUUGUCCUCAGAUACUUUGUGGAUUUCUGAACCUGCAUGUGAUAUCUGGGGGUACAUUAGAAGUCCAUUUAAGCAGCUAAUAUUAGUCCUCAAUUUAUUUUUGUUUUUACUGCAGAAAAUACCAGAGAAUGUUGUGGUAUACUUGGUCACACUCUUGUUCUGGGGAUGUUGAUAAAUGUCUGAUUAACCCUUCACACGUGCCUUUUUGAUAAGUUAUCAUGACUUGAGGAUUAUUAAACACAUG